CCCCACUGGAGGAAGAGGAGGGAAAGUGAGAGUGCCGGUCACGUUUUUUUGUCCACGGAGCUGCUGGAAUAAGACUAACAUUUGCGGGAGUAACUGACUCGGAGCCAGGUGGGCAGCAUGUUUCAGCUCCCAGUCAACAACCUUGGCAGUUUACGCAAAGCCAGGAAAAAUGUCAAGAAAGUGCUGGGAGACAUCGGCCUGGAGUUCUGCAGGAAGCACAUUGAUGAAUACAAAGACUAUACUCCAAAUGACUUCUACCUUAAACACACAACGUGGGACGAUGUGGGCAUGUGGGAUCCCUCCAUGACCAAAUCUCAAGACUACCGCUCAAAGCCGUUCUGCUGCUCGGGCUGCCCUUUCUCGUCCAAGUUCUUCUCGGCCUACAAGAGCCACUUCCGGAACGUGCACAGCGAGGACUUUGAGAACCGCAUCCUCCUCAACUGCCCCUACUGCACCUACAAUGGCAACAAGAAGACGUUGGAGACGCACAUCAAGCUCUUCCACAUGCCCAACAACAUGAUGCGGCAGAGCCCGCAUGGAGGGCAGGGCGGUGUGGGCAUGGGCAUGAUGAACCGCGUCGGGGGCAUGAUGGGCGACAAGGGCCACAUGGGCAACGCGGUGGAGCGGCCCGUGUACUACUGCAAGAAGUGCACCUACCGGGACCCUCUGUACAACGUGGUGCGCAAGCACAUCUACCGGGAACACUUCCAGCACGUGGCCGCACCGUACAUGGUGAAGCCCGGCGAGAAGGUGGCGCCGCCAAACGGGGCCACCACCACGACGACGGCGGCGACUACGGGUGGUGCUACUGCCGCCGGGGCUGGGGCGGCGACUGGCGCGGCAGCCGGGGGCGGUGGAGAUGCUAGCAACGCUGCUGCUGCUAACGCCAACGCGGCGGCCGCCGGCAGCAACAGCACGGCCAUCCACUGCAAGCGCUGCCUGUUCGUGCCGCGCACCUACGAGGCGCUGGUGCAGCACGUCAUCGAGGAUCACGAGCGCAUCGGCUACCAGGUCACCGCCAUGAUCGGACACACCAAUGUCGUCAUGGUGUCGCCCAAGAGCGGCGGGGUGGACGGGAAAGGAGGCGUCCUUGGCGUCACGCCCAAAGGCGCGCUGGGUUCCCCGCCGGGCUCCCGGCCGCUCUCCACCCAGCAGAUGGGCCGGAUCGUCAUCCCCAAGCCGGGCAUGAACUCCUCAGGCAUGCACGCGAAGCCCGGCAUGUACCCGGGCCUCAAGACUCAAGUGUCCAUAGGUGGCCAACAGGUGCGCAUCACCUUGCCCGGCAACGCGCAGGUGAACGUGCCGCAGCAGGGCAAGCCUCACCUGGGCGUGGGCGGCGGCAUACGCGCCGGCCCCGUGGGCUCCUCGCUGAAGUCGCCGUUGACGUCGCGCGUGCAGGCGGCCGCCACCACCGUCUCCUCCGUCAUGGCCAAGAAGGCGGGCGCCGCCGCCGUCAUCGGCACGUCCUACACGCAGAAGUGGAAGAUAUGCACCAUCUGCAACGAGCUGUUCCCCGAGAACGUGUACAGCUCGCACUUCGAGAAGGAGCACAAGGCCGAGAAGGUGCCGGCCGUGGCCAACUACAUCAUGAAGAUCCACAACUUCACCAGCAAGUGCUUGUACUGCAACCGCUACCUGCCCAGCGACGCGCUGCUCAACCACAUGCUGAUCCACGGCCUGCUCUGCCCGCACUGCCGCUCCACCUUCAACGACGUGGAGAAGAUGGUGGCGCACAUGCGCGCCGCGCACCCCGACGAGCCCGUGGAGGCGCGCAACGACUCGCCGCUGACCUUCGACCUCACGCUGCAGCAGGGGAACCCCAAGAACGUGCAGCUCAUCGUCACCACGUACAACAUGGUGGACGCGCCGGAGGAGGCCGUGGCCUUCCACGAGCACAAGCAGGCCAAGGAGGCCAAGAAGUCCUCGUCGGCCCUGUCCCCCAGCCCGCCCAAAUCCGCCUCCACCCCCGCGUCGACCCCCGACUCCAAGGACGGCAGCCCGCCGUCGGUGAAAGGCCCCCAGGCCGCGGUGCCCUACAAGCGGGACAUCGGCAAGACGCUGUGCCCGCUCUGCUUCUCCAUCCUCAAGGGGCCCAUCUCGGACGCGCUGGCGCACCACCUGCGCGAGCGGCACCAGGUGAUCCAGACGGUGCACCCGGUGGAGAAGAAGCUGACCUACAAGUGCAUCCACUGCCUGGGCGUGUACACCAGCAACAUGACGGCCUCCACCAUCACGCUGCACCUGGUGCACUGCCGCGGCGUGGGCAAGACGCAGAACGGCAAGGAGGGGGGCCGCUCCUCCAAGUCGUCGGGCUCCGGCUCCGCGCUCAAGCGCUCCAGCGCCGAGAACGUGGACCCCACCGACCUCAAGAAGCGCCGCAUGUCCUCGUCGGGAGGCGUGAUGGAGUCGGGUUCGAUUCCCGACGAGCCGGUGGUGCUGGCGCUGGACCCCAAGGGCCACGAGGACGAGUCGUACGAGGUGCGCAAGUCCUUCCUGACGCGCUACUUCAACCGGCAGCCGUACCCCACGCGGCGCGAGGUGGAGAAGCUGGCCGCCAGCCUGUGGCUCUGGAAGUCGGACGUGGCCAGCCACUUCGGCAACCGGCGGCGGCGCUGCGCGACCGACUGCGAGGCGCGACUGCCCGCCGUGCUGCUGGGCUUCAAGAUGCGCGACGUGCACCGGCUGCAGCACGAGCUGGGCUUCCCCGCCGACAUGGGCUUCGAGCCGCGCGAGAGCGUGGAGAGCCGCACCUCGGCCAGCUUCGUCGGCCGGUCCGAGGAGGCGCACGACAAGUGGGUCAAGGCGGGCAAGCCGGCACCCUCGCCGCGCCGCGUCCCCAAGCCCGCCGUCAAGCCCAUCACCAUCGCCAUCACGGACACCGCCGGCGCCAACGGUGCCGCCUGGGGCCCGACGCACGCCAGGUUCAGCCGGCCGCAGGUGGGCAGGAGGACGCCAGCCAACCGCGUCCAGCCGUCCAAGACAAUCAGGAGGGCGCCCAUGACCCUGGUGAACUCGGAGCCAAUCACGCUGGACUCGGACAGCGAGCCGGAGGAGAGCGUAGCAGCGGUGGCUGCAGCGGUGGUGGCGGCCGCAGCAGACAGCAGCAAGGACAAGGGCAGGGGCAGCAGUGGCUUGGCGGAUCAGGAUCAGGAGCAGAGCGGCGUGGUGGAUCUGGACGACGGGCAGGCGGCAGGGGAGGGAGGUGGACAGGUGCUGGAGCUGAUGGAGGUGACUGGAGAGGAGGAGCAGGAGGAGAAAGACAACAACGACGUCUCGGUGGCCUCCACAGAGGCUCACGGUGAGAACGGCUACGGUCCCGCUACGGAAGAGCCACCGGAGGUUGCGGCGGUUGCCGUAGCGAAACCAACACCAACGCGGAGCGGGAAGCGUAAGUCCCGCAGAGACAGCAAGGCCAAACUCCGACAGACAGGAGCAGCGGCUCAGCUAGGCAGGCAGCAAGUCUAAACUGCCACGCCUAGCAUCACGUACGCACGCACAAACACACACACACACACAACACCUACUAUAUGCACACUCAUACAUGUACACACAAGCAUACACGCUACGGACACUGACGCAAACAUGCGCACACACACACACACACACACACACACACACACACACACACACACAGUGACGUUCGUUACAACUGACAUAUUAUGCCAACAACUCUGCCUCACCCGAACUCAUGUAGAGCCAUACAUCAUUGGCUGACAUGAGAGGAACAAGUUAAAGGGGGCCAAUGAUAGGCCGUCUCACACAAAAACCAGAAGCCAUUGUUUUUGGGUCGGAAAGUUAAUUUUCAAUGUACUUUAUUCAAAGUUAAGAGUUUAAGAGAAAAAAGAGAAAAUUAAUAAAAAAGGAAAAAAAAAAAGUGCAACAGGGGGAGAAAUUAUUUUACAUGACCUCCAGGGCAGGGAACGAACACACUGAAGAAAAAAAAAAAGAAAAAGAAAUGCACCAAACAAUGGAAGACAGCUUUUUUGCCUUCAAUAUCGAUGACUUUCAAGGUUUAAAAACAAGUAACUAUUUGGUUUCGCCACAUUUACUGAGCUGUGGCCAAGAUGACUUGGUUAUUUAGAUUUUAAUAAUUACAACGUAGGUGUUUCACGUAGAUAUACUGAAGAGCUAUUGUAUAUUUGUACAGUCUUUUAGACACAUCUAAAAAAAAUGUCGGUGUAGGUGUAUUCAUGACAUACAAAAAAUGCUAUUCUUUUUUUUGUGCACAGGCUAGAUUGUCAUAUGUUCAACAUUGAUUCACUUAGACAAUGGAUGUGGCUUUGGUGGAGUUAUUUCGUUUGUUUAUUUUUUUUAAAUGGGCUCUCUUCAUUUUUUGUAAUGAAAGAAACCUUUAGCAAAAAAAAUAAUAUAUCUAUAUAUUAAAAAUGCAAAUUAAAAUGGACAUAUUCUCAUGCUUUUUUUGGCUGGUUACUACUACUAUUGUUAUUAUUAUUCUAUUUUUUUAUUGGUAGUGAUUAUUAAAACUUUUGGUUCUACUGUAUGGUCAAAUCUCAUUUUCUGGAUCUGACCUCCUCUUCCCCUUGGGGUGCUGGUAGAGUGAGUGAGUGGUGGGGUUCACUGAUGGCUGUAGUAUCUUGUAUGUAGGCUAGACUGUGGUAAAUUCAGCCUUUGCUGGGCAGUACUAGGCUCGCUCUCACCCCACCUCUCUCUUCUUUGGACUGUUGACUUUUUUAUUUUAUUUUAUUUCCCCUGACCCCCUGUAGACUGAGCUCUUGACUUUUAUUUCUCUCUCCUCUCCUCCACAGUGUCCACUGACUUUUUUUUUUUUUUUUUUUUUUUGGACUGUUGAGAUCUGACUUUGCUAUGUGUACAUGUUUAAUUUGUGACCUGCAAUUUCUGUUCGUAUAUAUAUAUUUUUUUGUUUUUCUUUUCUUCUCUCUUUUUGUUUCUUUUGUUAUUUUGUCACUCAAGCAUUUCUGAACAAUAAAGUGCUGUAUUGUGCUUCUCAA